UCUGCAGGUUAUGGUUGGCUUGUGUGGUAGGAGAGAAGCACCAACUAACAAAUGGGCCAUCACUCAUGCUGCAACAAACAAAAGGUUAGGAGGGGCCUGUGGUCUCCUGAGGAGGAUGAGAAGCUCAGAAAGUACAUUUCCACCUAUGGCCAUGGUUGCUGGAGCUCUGUUCCAAGGCUAGCUGGCCUGCAAAGAUGUGGGAAAAGUUGCAGGUUGAGAUGGAUCAAUUACCUCAGGCCAGACUUGAAAAGAGGAAGCUUCUCGCACCAAGAAGAAACCCUUAUAGUUGAACUCCACAAACUGCUAGGAAACAGAUGGGCGCAGAUAGCCAAGCACCUCCCAGGGAGAACAGAUAAUGAGGUGAAGAACUUUUGGAACUCAACAAUAAAGAAAAAGCUCAUCUCUCAUGCUGUGGAUGGUCUCAACCUUAUUCCUUCUCCAGAUAGUUACUACAUUCCUGAUGGCGUAGCAACGACAAGAGGAUAUGAUGGCCAAUGCAUGGCCGGCUACGCUGUCGAGACAACAAUUGCACCUUCAAUAACACGAGCUCAUCUAUAUGGUUCCUUGUGGCCUUCAAAUCCUCAACAGUUCAAUCUUCUCGACUGUGAUCGCCAAAAUGUAAAGGACUACAGCACUCUUAACUUCUGCAGCGAAAACACCAUCAAUACACUGUUAACAGAAACCAAGUGUGCUGAUGUGAAGCUUGUGGAUGGGUACGAUCAACCGAUCGAGAUCGAAAAAUGCACUGUUCCAUUGCUUUCGGCAUCAAAUGAGAUCGAUCCGAAUGCUCACGUCAGUGCCUAUUUCCGAGCUCAGCCUUGUGUAUCUGAUCUUCUUCAAGAAUCUAUCGGUCCAGGGGAUUUCUUCGAUGUAAUCUUGGGGUCAUCUUCGUUGGCAGUUUCGGGUGAUGGCCUUUCUAUGAACCCUGGCAUUCAGCCACAUUGGGUUCCUUGAGAAUCUCUCUCAUAUUCUCUCUCAUAUUCUCUCUCUCUCUCUCUAAGAUGAUAUACAUAUAUAUA